AUGCGCGUAACGCUGAAUGAUGGCCGCCAGAUGACGGGUCAGAUGCUCGCUUUCGAUAAGCACAUGAACCUUGUGCUCGCCGAUACCGAAGAGUUCCGCCGGAUCAAAAGGAAGCAAAACAAGCCCUCCGCCCCCGGCGCAUCAUCAUCCGGCGCGCAGACCAUCGAGCAGGAGGAGAAGCGGACACUGGGUCUGACGAUCGUUCGAGGCGCCCACAUUGUAUCCCUUUCCGUCGAAUCGCCGCCGCCGGCUGACCCAAGCGCUCGUUUGGGCAAGACUGGCGGUCCCAGUGUUGCCUCUGCGCUCGCAGCGGGACCUGGUGUCGCAAGACCGGCUGGCCGCGGCGCCGCUGCUCCCAUCUCUCUUGCCGGCCCUGCUGCUGGUAUUGGCGGCGCCGUCCCUCCCCCAGCUUUCCCAGGCUUCCCCGGUGCUCCCGGUUUUCCUGGCGCCCCUGGCCGUGGUGCUCCCCCUCCACCAGGAUUUGGAGGUGGAUUCCCUCCUGCUGGCUUUCCCGGCGCGCCCGGUGGCUUCCCCCCUGGAUUCCCUCCCGGCGGUGGCCCUCCUUCUGGCUUUAACCCUCCUCCUCGCCGUUAA